AUGUCAGGGAUGAGCCUGCAGACUGGCGGUGCCAUUCGCAACCGUUCAUUUCUUACGAACAAAAUUAACAACACAAAAAUACGUAGUUUGAAUAAAUACAUUGAAAGUUCGUUUCUUGGCUGCUCCCUGGAGCGCGACAAUGAACAACAACAGAACGGUCUGAAGAAACAAUUGCCAUUUUUCACAAAGGUGGCGUGCCAGGCGCUGCACGUGGCGCUGCAGUACCUGAUGCUGGCCAACUACCUGUGGAUGUUCUGCGAGGGUCUCCACCUGCACCUGGCGCUGGUCGUCGUCUUUGUCAAGGACGAGUCGGCGAUGCGCUGGUUCCUGCUCGUGGGCUGGGGAUUGCCGCUGCCCAUCGCCGCUCUCUACGUGGGGGUCCGCAUGUCUCGGCCUGCUGACGUGCUGCAGUGCUGGAUGCACGACAGCACGGCGCAGUGGGUGCUGACGGUGCCGGUGUGCCUGUCGCUGGUGGCGAGCGCCGUCUUUCUGGUGAACGUGGUGCGCGUGCUGCUCACCAAGCUGCACACGCACUCGGCCAACCCGGCCCCAGUGGGGAUGCGCAAGGCGGCGCGCGCCGCCGCCAUCCUGGUGCCGCUGUUCGGCCUGCAGCACGUGCUGCUGCCGUUCCGGCCUGCGCCGCACGAGCCGGGCGAGCGCGCCUACCAGCUCAUCUCAGCCGUGCUCGUCUCGCUACAGGGCCUGUGCGUGUCGUGCCUGUUCUGCUUCGCGAACGUGGACGUGCACGGCGCGUUGCGGCCGCUGCUGUGCCGGCUGUGGGGGCGGCAGCGCGCAGCCUCGAUGCACACGCAGAGCCGCGACGUCUGCGCCGGGGGCGGCGCCGGCGGCGGGGGCGGCGCCAGCCGCGGCCGCAACUGCAGCCUCCGCUCUCCGGAGCCGCCGCCGCCGCCGCCGCCGCCGCCUCUGCUGCACCACGCCGUCAGCGUCGUCUGA